AUGGAAAUGAGCAGGGUGAAAGCUUGUAUGUUACUUGUAUUCUUAAUCAGCACAAUGUGGAUGAACGAGCAGGUUGAAGCAAAGUUGUUAAACAUUGAUCCAUGUAAAGGUCCCAACCCUCCACCUCAUUGCCUUCCACCAGGUACAGAUCCAAAAUCCCCUCCUCAACAAGCUAAUACAUAUAAUCGUGGCUGCAGUAAAAUAUUCAGGUGUCGUGGAAAUUAA